GAUAAGGCUGCUCCUCGCGUCCACUAAAACCGAGACCCACCAGAGUAAAAAGGAAAAAAAGGGGAACUCCUCUCUCCAAGUCACGCGCCUCCCACCGCGCCGGCGCCGGCCGCCCUCCUCCGCCGCCAUGAGCGCGCUCCAGGCUUCCCUCCUCCUCCGCCCGCUCCCCUCGCCCCUGCCCCCGCGGCGCCGGUUGCCACUCCCCUCAGCCUCCGCCUCCGCCUCCGCAUCCUUCCCCCGCGCGCCCCCGCACCGCCGUGCCCCGCUCUGCCUCCGCGCAUUGGCACCCGACGCGCCGCAGCCCGCCGCCCCGGAGCCUCCCGCGGCUGCCUCCUCGGCUUCGGCGGCGGCCGAGCCGGAGGCCACGAUGGCUUCCGCGCCCGCGGCGAAGGGCGGGAAGGAGGAGCUGGAGGACCUGGUGGAGAAGGCUAGGGCGUGGGCCGUGGCUGUCGCGGCCGCGGUGGUGGCCGCGAUGAGGAGGUUCGUCAACUGGGUGGUGUCGGGGGACUGGAUGAGCUGGUGGCCCUUCUGGCGGCCCGACCGGCAACUGCAGCGGCUGAUCGACGAGGCGGACGCCAACCCCAACGACGCAGCCAAGCAGAGCGCGCUUCUCCACGAGCUCAACAAGUUCAGCCCUGAAGAUGUCAUUAAAAGGUUUGAGCAAAGAAGCCAUGCUGUGGAUAGCAGGGGGGUUGCAGAGUACCUUCGGGCACUUAUUCUCACCAAUGCAAUUGCUGAUUACCUUCCAGAUGAACAGUCUGGGAGGUCUGCAAGUUUGCCAGCCCUGUUGCAAGAAUUGAAGCAACGUAUAUCUGGGAAUGAGGACAAGCCUUUCAUGAACCCUGGAAUGUCAGAAAAGCAACCAUUACAUGUUGUAAUGGUUGACCCCAAAGCUACAGGUAGAUCAACACGGUUUGCUCAAGAGAUCUUCUCAACUAUCUUGUUUACAAUCGCUGUUGGGGUAAUGUGGGUGAUGGGUGCUGCUGCGCUUCAAAAGUAUAUUGGUAGCUUAGGUGGAAUUGGGGCACCCGGUGUUGGUUCUAGUUCAUCAUAUUCCCCAAAAGAGUUGAAUAAGGAUAUCAUGCCAGAGAAGAAUGUCAAGACAUUUAAAGAUGUCAAAGGUUGUGAUGAUGCAAAAAAGGAACUUGAGGAGGUAGUUGAGUAUCUCAAAAACCCUACAAAGUUUACUCGCCUUGGUGGAAAACUACCGAAGGGAAUACUAUUGACUGGUGCUCCGGGUACUGGAAAGACACUACUUGCAAAGGCUAUUGCUGGAGAAGCUGGUGUACCAUUCUUUUACCGAGCAGGUUCUGAAUUUGAGGAAAUGUUUGUUGGUGUUGGUGCUCGGAGAGUGAGGUCUUUGUUUCAAGCGGCAAAGAAAAAGGCACCAUGCAUUGUCUUCAUUGAUGAAAUAGAUGCCGUGGGUUCAACUAGAAAACAGUGGGAAGGGCACACAAAGAAAACAUUGCAUCAACUCCUUGUUGAGAUGGACGGGUUUGAACAAAAUGAGGGAAUUAUUGUAAUGGCUGCAACAAACUUGCCAGACAUUCUUGAUCCAGCACUCACGAGACCUGGUAGAUUUGAUAGACAUAUUGUUGUCCCAAGCCCAGAUGUGCGGGGUCGCCAAGAGAUCCUGGAGCUCUACUUGCAAGACAAGCCAGUGGGCAAUGAUGUAGAUAUCAAUGCAAUUGCCCGUAGUACUCCUGGCUUUAAUGGGGCCGAUCUAGCAAACCUGGUAAACAUUGCAGCGAUUAAGGCUGCGGUUGAAGGGGCUGACAGGUUGACCGCUGCAGAGUUAGAGUUUGCCAAAGAUCGUAUUAUCAUGGGAACUGAGAGAAAAUCAAUGUUCAUAUCUGAUGAGUCGAGAAAGCUUACUGCCUACCAUGAAAGUGGGCAUGCUAUUGUUGCACUCAACACCCAGGGUGCUCACCCCAUUCACAAGGCAACUAUCCUUCCUCGUGGGUCUGCCCUUGGAAUGGUCACGCAACUCCCCUCACAGGAUGAGACUUCUAUUAGCAAGAAACAACUCCUGGCACGUCUUGAUGUUUGCAUGGGUGGAAGGGUUGCUGAAGAGCUCAUCUUUGGGGAAGACAAUGUUACAACUGGGGCAAGAAAUGAUCUUCAUACUGCAACAGAGCUUGCUCAGUACAUGGUAUCAAACUGUGGGAUGAGUGAUGCUAUUGGUCCUGUGCAUGUGAAAGAACGGUCAAGUGUAGAGAUGCAAUCAAGGAUAGAUGCCGAGGUGGUGAAGCUCCUAAGAGAAGCUUAUGAGCGGGUCAAGCGUUUGCUUAAGAAGCAUGAGAAGCAAUUACAUGCUUUAGCAAAUGCGCUACUGGAGCGCGAAACACUUACUGCAGAUGAGAUCAACAAAGUAGUUCAUUCCUACCAAGAAGAACCCCAGCUUUCCUUCCAAGAUGAAGAAUUUGCCCUCACUUAAAAGAUUCUUUUGUUGCAUCACGACAGUAGUCACCAACUGUGAAAUGUAAAUCCAUGUACAUUAAGUGGCGCCUAGAUAAACCAUGGAAGUUCUUUCAGUUCUCCCCUUCUGUAAAAUGGGGUGCAACACCUAUGGUGCAUUUUCUUCUCGGCACCGUUUGACGAACAGACAAGGAACCAGAAGAUGAGAAGAGUGGUGUUUCAAAGGGUGGCGCGUGCUUAUGGAUCAUUGAUGCGAUGAAAGACCUGCCAUGGCGUCCGUCAAGCUUUGGGUUGCAAAGCCCUCCAUACUUUUGAUUUUGCUAGGAGAGAAAUAUAGGUGUAACAUUGCAUAUUCUGAAUGCUAGGUUCCUGGUUAGGGUGACAUGUUUUUACCAUGUUCUUAUUACCUUUUUCUUGACAUUUGUUGUAAGGAAAACGUACAUAUAGCGGUUGGUUCUAUGGUGAAACAGUACACCUGCAGUGUAUUCAUAUUGCUAACAUGGACUUUGAAUGGCUUGUGUGUUC